UGUUCAAUUGUAAAAAAACACAGGUUGCAGAGAGGCCGAGCUUGAAAGGAAAGGAGAAAAGCCUCUCUCUGGAUCCAUGGCUUCCAAGAUCGUUUCGGCCUUGGUUCUUGCGUUUCACGUCAUCGCGUUUGGUCUAGCCGUCGCCGCUGAACAGAGACGAAGCACGGCCAAGGUGGUGCAAGACACAGAACUACAGUACAACUACUGCGUGUAUGAUUCAGACAAAGCGACAGGCUAUGGUGUGGGAGCAUUCUUGUUCUUCUUGGCCGGUCAAGUCCUCCUGAUGGUGCCCAGCCGAUGCUUCUGUUGCGGCAAGCCUUUGCGUCCCGGUGGCUCUAGGGCAGGCGCCCUCGUCCUCUUCAUCGUCUGCUGGUUGUUCUUCGUGGUUGCGGAGAUCUGUCUGCUAGCGGGAUCGGUAGAGAACGCGUACCACACAAAGUACAGGACGAUGUUCAUGGACAACCCUCCCGAUUGCCAGACUCUUCGGAAGGGCGUGUUCGGUGCAGGAGCUGCCUUCGUCUUCUUCACGGCCAUUGCCUCUCAGUUUUACUACUUCUUCUACUCCAACGCCUUGGAAGCUUCUCUAUCUCCCUAUUAGCUUUAUCAACGCGCUGGUUUUUUCUUUUCCCCACAUUCUCUUUUGUUGUGUUCAUCUUAAUCAGUGUUUUACACAUUGUUAUUACAAGAAUAAUCGUGGGUUUUCCGGUUUGUUCAUUGCUGUAGCUUGUGUAGUUACUUGUAUAGAUACUGUAUUGAUGAUGAUGUCUUGGAGAUUUGCUCAAUGUAAUCACAAGUUUCCUUUCUUCUUGUUGAUA